AGUUACCCUGCAUUGGGUUGCUCAGAGUCAGAACCCACUCGAUGGCAGUGGGCUUUAUUUGCUAAAAUGAGCAGCCAAAAUGUAAGCACCUGUAAAUAAAUAGGGGGCUCCACAGGCUCCACUCUGGCAACAGGCCUCAGGAAGGGAAGGAAUACGGGGCAGUCAACCAUGUAUAUCAUGGAUUGGAUUGAUCAUAGCUGUGAGUUGUGAAUUGCCCUGGGGAAAAUCAUCACAAGAUUAUAAUAGUGGGGGAAAACAAAGUUUUUUUCUACAUAUGUGUCAAAGAGAAAUGCGAGAUGGGAAAUGGACUGACAACAUCAUCAAAGGUAUUGCUGACAGAAUCCAAAAAGCCACACAAGGUUUGUUCCUUUGAAAUGGUGUGGUUCUUAUAACAGGUGAGAAAAAUAUAAACAGUAACUUCUGUAAAACCAUUGUCAAAUGCUUUAUGAGGUCUUUGGGGAAUGCAGAUGGUUCUCUCCUGUUUGCAUAUUUUGGUCUUGAGGAAGUUUUCUUCUAUCUUUAUAUGGUGUGUAAGUUCCUCCUUCACUGAUCUUUAUUGUCUCUGUCCCAUCUACUCAAUGUAUAUGUGCCUCCUUCAUCUAUCUUUCCUCCAUGCGGCCGGUUCCCCUGCCAUCCAAGACUACCAAGGACAUUCUCAGAGUACUGUCCUUUCCUGUCUCCUUGGACUUCACGUUGGUGACUUGGCAGUCAAAAGUAAAAGUAGGGUACACAGGAUGGCAUUCGGGCUAAUUUUGGGACUUGGGUGGAACCAGGACUUUGUCAGGCGCACCUUUGUUUUUAAGCAUUAACCCAUUAUUCACUGAGGUCCCAAUGAUAAAGGACCUUUGGCCUCAGAUUCUUCUAGAUUGUUGAGGACAUCCAUGUUCUGGAGAGGGUGGCAAGUCCUGGGGACAGUGGAGACCCUAUGCUCGGAGCUUGUGGGGGACCAGCCUUCCCACAACUAAAUGGGUCCAAAGGGUGUUUGUGUAAUUGAGGGGUAAAUUAAAGAGACAUCAGGCAAGAUAAAGCAUGCAAAGGCUCACCUGACUGACUUCAAGAAACAGGUCGGAGCAGAGACCAUAAUGUGUACUCUCACGAGAUCGGGCAAGCAGGUCACAGUAAGCACCUAUGUAACAGGAAGGGGUUGUACUAUAGGCACACGUAACAGGAGGGGGACGAGCUAGGUGUACAUGUGACAGGAAGGCACAAAUACAACAAGAUGGGCUGGCUCUAGAUUCCAGAUGGCAGCCUAACAGUCAUCUCUGAGCUGGCUUGACCUUAGGUGUCUUUGAGCUUUUCUCCAGGAGAACAUUCUGUGAUCCUUAACAGAAGGGAGUGGGUCCUACUUAGUGUGGGAAGCUCCCAGACUGCAUAACUAUGAAUGUUGAGAGUUUUGCCCUUAUACACUUUCUUCCCAGUUCUGUUUCCCACAGGAACUCUCCUAGACUUUUCGUAAUGUGCCUCUUAUAUCCAAUGGGAUUCAGUAGAAUGACCCCAGAAUGUUUUUUGGGAAACUGAGGCAGACAAUUUAAGUCAUUUACCCAAGGUCAUACAAUUACUAAGCAGUAGAGUUAGAAUUAGAAAAUCCAGAGAGUUGAGUUCCAGAGUCCUGGCUUCUAACUACUGUGCUAUCCUGCCUCUGAAAAAAGCACUCUUAAACAUUGUCUAGUAUUUACAUGAUUCCAAAUACAUCUUUUUCCCUAUUCAUUUACUCCAACAGUUACCUUGUAGCACAGGUUAAAACUGCCCCCGUGGGUUUCCAAGAUUAUAAGUCUUUACAGGUGGGGGUCUCUGUUGACUCAAUGGCAGCGAGUUUGGUUUUUUGGUUUGCUCAUUUACUCAAGGAGAUGCUUACAUGCUGUGCUUGUUGUUGCUUUCCCUAAAGUAGCUGUCAUGGAUACAUUGGUAGAAGAUGAUAUCUGCAUUCUAAAUCAUGAGAAGGUUAACAGAAGAGAUAUAGUAAUGACUCCUGGCUCACUAUAUUCAGGAGAUGCGACUCUUGCUUCACAUUUUGCCCUCGUAACAGCGUAUGAAGACAUCAAAAAGCGAUUUAAGGAUUCAGAGAAAGAGAACACUUUGUUAAGGAAAAGAGUAAGAUUUUUAGAAGAAAAGCUUAUAGCUCAAUUAGAUGAAGAAACAAGUUCUGUGGGGCGAAAACAAGUAAAUAAGGCCUAUCAUGCAUAUCGGGAGGUUUGCAUUGAUAGAGAUAAUUUGAAGAGCAAAUUGGAUGAAAUGAAUAAAGUCAACUCUGAAUCUUUGAAGCUGUUGAAUGAACAGCUACAAUCUAAAGAAGUAGAACUCUUCCAGCUAAGAACCGAGGUGGAAACGCAGCAGGUGAUGAGGAAUUUAAAUCCACCCACAUCAAACUGGGAGGUAGAAAAAUUGAGCUGUGACCUGAAGAUCCAUGGUUUGGAGCAAGAGCUGGAACUGAUGAAGAAAGAAUGUAGUGAUCUCAAAAUAGAGCUACAGAAAUCCAAACAAACGGAACUGUCUCAAGAUGACAAUCAGAAGAGCAGUGAUCUCCAGAGACUAAGCAUUUCAAGUGAUAAUGUGCAGCAUGCAUACUGGGAACUGAAGAAAGAAAUGUCUAAUUUACACCUGGUGACUCAAGUACAAGCCAAACUAUUGAGAAAACUGAAAACCCCAACUGCAAUUAAGAAAGCCUGUACUCCAGUAGAGUGCAUUGAAGACCUUGAGAGGGACAGAACGAAACUGCACUUGACGAAGUUUACUGCAACGUAUAAAAGACAUCAGCCCCUCUCACCAAAUGGCAAAACGUUUUCUCAUACCACAUCUUCUCCCCUACCAGAAGAAGCAAAGAUCUCACCACAGAAAGCAGCUCUCCAAGCAUGGACAGAUCAUGAGAAAGCCAUUCCUAGUGAUGGCACAUACUUUCAGGAACACAGCUCCUCUGGCAGAAAUUCUCUGGAAGAGAAUUCUUGGGUAUUCCCAAGCCCACCUAAAUCAAGUGAGGCAGCCUUUGGAGACCCUAGAAGCAAAAAUGUGCCUUUACCUAACCUGCCACUGCUGCACUGCUUGGAUCAGCAUAACCAAACCUGCCUGUACAAGAAUUAAAUCUGAAAAGUUUUGAUUUUGCCACAGAUAUCCUAUACCUCCCUCAGUGAUUCCCCUGAGAAAUUACUGAACUGAAAGUGGACUGUGAUUAAAAUGUUAACAUUUUCCGUAUAUAUACAUUUGUACAUACUGUAUUAUAAUUACACAAUUAAUUUUCUAGUAUGAGAGAAUGCCCUCUAGCUCCAUAAUGUCAAAGCAACAAGAUGUAUGCCACUAAUAAAUUAUUGAAGGUGUUUAAAAAAAUUUUUUUUUUUACCUUUGAUUACAAUUGUGAAUUUCAGCCUUUCAGAUAAGGAAUGGAAUUGAUGUUUCUUGGACAUGGAUUUAUAAAGCAUGUGAUACAAGUAUACUACACAGGAAAAUAACCAAGGAUACCACUCCAUGAAAUUAAAACCAUGUAAGUUACUUCAAGUUGUAUAAAAGCAUAAAGGGCAAUGUGAGUAAAUAUUACAAUAAAAUAUUUUAAUGUCUAGGUAUUCCAUCUUGAUAUAACAUUGUGUUUAAAAUUUUAAAUCACUUAUUAAUCACAAUACUGUUAAUAAAAUUUUUUUAACUUGCAAUUUGAUUUCUGAUACUUGAAAUAACCUAAUCAUUGCGACCAGCAUUGCCCGAUAAUUGAAAAACAUGAAUAGUAGUAGAGCCAUUGUUUUAUGAAUGGAUUAUUAUGAAUCUAUACAUCCACUUAGAAGUAGAAAGAGCAACAAAGAUUUCAGUCUAUUGUCUGUCCCUUCAGGUCUACACUGAAAAUCUAAAUGUAUGUAUCUAGCUAUCUAAGGUCAUUUUACCCAAAGGAACUACAGCUGCUUAAUAGAACAUUUAUGAACAUUAAACUUUGUUUUGAAAUGUAAUAUUUUUACCCAUAGAAAUGAUUAAUUAAUUAGGUAUUUUAAUUCUAGAAACCAAAUUUUGUGCAGUAUUAAUAUAACAUAAAGAAAUUUCCCAAAACUUCCAUUCUACAUGGCCUAUCAUUUAUAAAUAAGGAAAUAAUAAAAAUAGCUUCAGAUGGAAAUUUAUAAGCAAACCUAAACUCCUGAGUGGAAGUAUUAUGAAUAUUAAUAAUAUAAUGUAUUACUUGUUUCACAUACAUUUUGCCUGGGGAUAAAGUGUUUCACGUAGGAGGCCUUUAUUCUUUUUUAUAGACAGUGUCAUAUAUCUUGAACUCAAAAGAAUAUCUCAGAUCUCUUCUAUAUUACUGAGUAGUAGCAUACAUACAUACAUAAACAAUGUUCACUGUUCCACCAGAUAUUUUUGUCUUUCUAUUAUCUUACUCACUUACUCAAGCUUGUCUGUGAUUAAUGGAAUUGGUAUUAGAUGCUGAAAUUUAUUCUGACCAAUGAGCACAGCUGACUCAAGGGAGUACAAUCUCUUGCCAAGUAAUAGAACCAAACUCAAUAUGCAUAAAACAAAUGUAAGACUCCAGGCUUAGCUGCAGGAAGCAACUACCUGUGUAAUAACGAAGCAGUAGAAACUGUUUCUCAUGUGGCUGCAUAGGCUGUAUGGUACCUAAUCUCUAAUGUAGCUUACAUGGUUUGCCUUUUUUAACACCAAAUUGGAAAUUUUCCUUUGUAAAGAAAGUCUUAUGAGGUAAUGGCUUAAUUAAUGUUUUGAACAAUGCAACAGAUUGUUUCAUUAAAAUAAUUUUUGUUUGAAAUGAAA